GCACUAAUUGACCAGUAGCCCGUGUUGCUUAUCAUAACAGGGCCUGGGUGCGGUUUACACAUCGCUGCAGCCGCGCCUUUUCCUGUCACAGCGGAACGGCUGUGCGUAAGGACGCCGGGUCAGCUGACAGCAAUCUAAGGACCGGGAGGAGGCAGCGGAGUAAGCGGGUGUGCGAACUGGGAACCUACUAGAGCUGACAUCAGCUGCCCAAGCCUAACUGGGAAGCGAAAACUGGUGCCGUUUGUGAGAGAACUAGGGUGGCGUUUUGUUUCACCAUGGCCAGUUGGGACUGAGAAGUAGCCAAAAUGAUUGGAGGACUGUUCAUUUACAACCACAAGGGGGAGGUUCUCAUCUCCCGGGUCUACCGAGACGACAUAGGGCGUAAUGCAGUGGAUGCGUUCCGUGUGAACGUGAUUCACGCCCGCCAGCAGGUUCGAUCCCCGGUGACCAACAUCGCCCGCACCAGCUUUUUCCAUGUCAAGCGCUCAAACAUCUGGUUGGCAGCAGUCACCAAGCAGAAUGUCAAUGCUGCCAUGGUGUUCGAGUUCCUUUACAAGAUGUGUGACGUCAUGACGGCCUACUUUGGCAAGAUCAGUGAGGAGAACAUCAAGAACAACUUUGUGCUCAUCUACGAGCUCUUGGAUGAGAUUCUGGACUUUGGCUACCCCCAGAACUCAGAGACUGGUGCUCUGAAGACCUUCAUCACCCAGCAGGGCAUUAAGGGACAGCACCAGACAAAAGAGGAGCAGUCUCAGAUCACCAGCCAGGUGACAGGUCAGAUCGGCUGGCGUCGAGAGGGCAUCAAGUAUCGCCGCAAUGAGCUUUUCUUGGACGUACUGGAGAGCGUCAACCUGCUCAUGUCACCACAAGGCCAGGUUCUGAGCGCCCACGUGUCAGGCCGAGUAGUGAUGAAGAGUUACCUGAGUGGGAUGCCGGAGUGUAAGUUCGGCAUGAAUGACAAGAUCGUCAUCGACAAGCAGGGCAAAGGAGGAGCGUCCGAUGAUCCAGGGAAGAGUGAUUUAGGGGGAGGAAGUGGGAAGCAGUCCAUAGCCAUCGAUGACUGCACUUUCCACCAGUGCGUGCGCCUCAGCAAGUUUGACUCAGAGCGUAGCAUCAGCUUCAUUCCCCCUGAUGGAGAGUAUGAGCUCAUGAGGUACCGCACCACUAAAGACAUCAUUCUGCCGUUCCGAGUAAUUCCUCUGGUCAGGGAGGUGGGCCGCACUAAACUGGAGGUCAAGGUGGUCAUCAAGUCCAACUUCAAACCCUCGCUGCUGGCUCAAAAGAUCGAGGUGCGUAUCCCAACGCCGCUCAACACCAGCGGCGUGCAGGUGAUUUGUAUGAAGGGAAAAGCGAAGUACAAGGCCAGUGAGAAUGCCAUCGUCUGGAAGAUCAAACGCAUGGCUGGGAUGAAGGAGUCUCAGAUCAGUGCUGAGAUUGAGCUGCUGCCCACCAAUGAUAAGAAGAAAUGGGCCAGGCCUCCCAUCUCUAUGAACUUUGAGGUUCCUUUUGCGCCGUCUGGUCUGAAGGUGCGCUACUUGAAGGUGUUUGAGUCCAAGCUCAACUACAGUGACCAUGACGUCAUCAAAUGGGUGCGUUACAUCGGCCGCUCCGGCAUCUACGAAACUCGCUGCUAAAGUUCAACCAUGCCAGGCAGCGACCUGACCACUUCCCUCCCUUCUAUCCUGUUAAGAUUUCUUUUCUGCUUCCCCUUCCUACUUUGUCUCUCCCCUCAAUUGCUAUAGCUUCUCUCAUACACCAUCCUCCCCCACUUCCUAACUAGGUGUUGGAGACUGAAUUUACAUUGUUUAAAAAAAAAAACAAACAAAAAAGUAAAUAUGGUAUAAUGCACAGAUAUAUGCAAAAUGUGAACCAUUGUAUCGUAUAUAUCUUGUAGUGAUGAGUAAACAAACUGGUGUCCGGAUGAGUAAGACAAGUGAUGGGGGAGGGCACCAGGGGGAGAGGACAGGAGGCUCGCUCUGUUCUUUACUCAGUGUUAAUGUUCUGCUACCUACUCUGUCACUUUAAAAGUCCCACAUGUCUUAAUUAUCACUGGUAAGAUGAGCUGUAGCUGUUUAUAAUAAAUCCUGCUAUAGUUCCUGUCUAUGAACUUCUGUCUCAGUAGUCUGUCCUUCAAAUUGACAUGCACUGUCUGAUUCUGUGUUGUGAACAGAUGAUAUUUGAUCUGCUUUUGUGGCAGUGGUCAUUCAGAUUGCAAAUUCUUUCUUUGCCACUUAGCAGAGUAAAAUUUUCCAAUUACUAAGCCUCCUUUGGGUAGCUGGGAAAGUUCUUUUUGUACUUGAUGAGCUAGUUUCUUUCCCUUGUUAUCUUCCCACUGUUAACAUAAACUAGCAUUUUAUGAGUCAAGUAAAACAUGGGAACAUUCCACAGUUCAGAGGUCUAUCAUCCUCUCCAGACAAUUGACUCAGAUGUCCUAAUGUUUCUAAAGCACUAAGAUCAACUUUGUUACACUACUGGGGGAGAGAGAGAGGGAGUGCGUGUGUGUUUUCAGUGAGGUGAGGUCUCCCUCUGGUGUUUUCCUCAUCGCUGUCUGCUUCUUCAUGUUUGUAGCCCUGGUAACCGUUCUGUCCAAUAAAACUUGACUAUGUAACCAA